AUGAAGGGAGUUAUGAGAUUUGGACAGAAAGGAAAGCUCAGUCCUAGGUAUAUAGGGCCUUUUGAGAUUUUGAAAAGAGUAGGAAAACUUGCUUAUGACUUAGCUCUUCCCCCAUCAUUGUCUGGUAUUCAUGGUACAUUUCAUGUUUCUAUGCUUCGUAAGUAUACAGCUGAUCCAUCUCAUGUUUUGACGUAUGAAGCUUUGGAGUUGAAACUAAAUUUGUCAUACGAAGAAAAACUAGUUCAGAUUCUUGAUAGAAGACUUAAAGAAUUAAGAAACAAGAGCAUUCCUUUGGUCAAGGUUCUUUGGAGAAAUCAUUUAGUAGAUGAAGCUACUUGGGAAAAAGUGGAUGAGAUGAAGAUCAAGUAUCCAUAA